UUCCGUAAACGGAUCCACAAAUACUGUAGAAGUCUGAAUUAUGAUAUCUUCAAUCGGUCGAUCCUUAUUGUCAACUUCCACUUUCUCCAUGGCCGAUAGGGUAUCCAGACCUCCGACAACUUUUCCUGGCGAGUUGGUAUUGAGUAAUGGUGAAAACAAGAAAUCUAAGCGAGCAGAAGUUUCGGUGCGAAGUACGUCGGACUCUAUUAUUAUUUUCAGCUGGACAGAGAUUGAUUUCGUUCUCGAGUAGGAGACAUUAUUAUUCUUGCUUUUACCAUCAAGAAUGGAUAAAAGAAGUAGUGGAUUUGAAAGUUGGAGUGACGAUGAUGACUUUGUGCCAACAAAGAAACCAAAGCAAUCAGGGGAGUCUUCGGUCAGUCGUUCCCAACAAGAAGCUCCACCUCAAAGAGCCUACUCGGGCAAGUACAAAUGGGAACCGAAUAUUCCUAAUCCAAAUAGAGGUAAGUGUUUUUCUAUAUAUGCAAUUCACGACAGUCAUACAAAGAAUUGUAUUUAUUUAGAUAAGAAGGGCGACCCAAUGGGUCGCUGUCUAGAGCAAAACAGGGACGGAACAAUUUGUUGUCAUCCUGUAUCACGCAAGCGUAUCCAACUUCAUUAUGCUCUAAAUCACGCUGAUGAGGAAACCAUUCGGAAACAAAAGGCGUACAACCUUCUACAAGCAAACAAGUCACGACAACAAGAUACCAUGGGUUACAAAAUAAAGUUCUUCCAAUUGAGUAGACAAGGUCAGGGUCUCCCUGAUACUUUUCCGAUUCUCUCACACGGAACUGAACCAACAGGGGAGCAAGCACGAAUAAAUGCUGAAAUUUCCGCCAUUAAUAAGAGAAAAUACGAAGAAUCCUUGCAGAUAGAUAGGAGUGCAUAUUAUGGAACUGUAAUCUGUCAAUUUAAACCACCUGACGACGACCCCAAUAUGAAUAUGGAGGACAUGUGGCUAAGAUUCGAGAAGGAUCCUACUUUUGAAUCGAAAUGGUUCUAUGAUGUCAGCUAUUGCGAAGGUCCAUGUCCCGCCACACAUCUGGGGAAAAACUCUCGUUCGGAAGUGGCCAAGUGUGGUGUCGUUGAACAAUACUCAACUUACGUAAUGAGAAUUAGAUUUGAAGGGGGCACAAAAGAAGAAAAUUUUAAAGCAGCCAUGGGUUGGCAAGCUCCUUAUUGUGUGCUAGCCCAGUACAAAACAAUUAAUGGAGUUGGUGGUGGGACUGGCAUGAAGAUAACAAUGCUUAACAAAAACCAGGUACAAAAAUCGAACCACAUGACUGCCGUGUCUCCAGAAGAGGAUGAAAAGUUGAAGCACAUUUCCAUCCAUGGAACAAAUGUUUUUUACCCUGUUCAAGGGUACGAAGACAUGAAGAAGCAUCCCUGGGCAAAAUAUACAUUCCCACCCAGAACUACUUAUUUUACUCCUAAACCUUCUCAAUAGUUUUUAUAACAUUUGGUUAUGCUAUUUAGUUAUGAUAUAUUUCACCUUAUCGCAGAAAUAUCAUAAUAAUAAACAAAACUCACUAAUAUAUCCAAAAAAGA